UUUUUUUUUUCCUUUGCUUUUCUUCGUCCUUCGCUUGUGCUGCCUCGUCGCCUGUCUUCUCUCGCAGCACACCACCAAGCCAUCUUCCGUGACUAUUUUCUCUUUCUCUCUUUUUCUCUUCCUUGUCGAGCAGCACACCCGCUCCACACAAAACAAAGAUGAGCUCCACGUCGUCGCUCCACAAGCUGGAUGGCGGCAAUGGCAGCUCUGCAUCGCCGCUGUCGUCGACGCCCUCGUCCGCAUCGAUGCUGCCCUGGUCGGACCAGUUCAACCACAACUACAUCACCGACCGCGGCGUCUUUGCUCUCAAAGAGCACAAGUACAAUGGCCGUGACUCGUCCAUCCUUUACAACAAGGUGCUCCGCCCGCUCGCCAUCCACCUCGUGGAACGCUAUGUGCCAACGUGGGUCGCCCCGAACGUCCUCACGCUGGUCGGCCUCGCAUUCACGAUCGCUGGCUUUAUUCCAAUCUACAGCCACUGCCGCGCCAUGUACGAGCCCGCGCCGACGUGGAUGUACGUGUGGGCGGCGUUCUGCCUCUUUGCCUACCAAACGCUCGAUAACAUGGACGGCGUGCAGGCGCGCCGCACCGGUACCUCGUCUCCUUUUGGCCAGCUCCUCGAUCACGGCUGCGACGCCCUUAACGCAACGAUCGCCACCGCCACCUUUGCUGUUGUGUUGCAGCUGGGACACAUGAACGCAAUCCGUCUCAUUUGCUGCACCUAUGCCGUCUUCUUUAUGACCACUUGGGACGAGUACUACACUGGCGAAAUGCACUUGGCUGUGGUUAACGGCGCCGACGAAGGCAUCACGGUCGUCUGGAUGCUCUACCUCGCCACCGCAGUGAUUGGCCCUGAAAUGUGGGACGGCUUCUGGUACGAGGGCGCCAACGCUGGCGGACACAUUGUUCUCUACGUGACGUUCGCCGGCGCCAUCAUUGCCUGCCUGGACGCCCUCCGCCGUGUCUACACGCGCUUCCGUCGUCAAGCGCAGCUGCCAAUGCCCGCGCACAUCCAGGGCGGCUUUUCCGGCGCGCUCCUGACCCUCUUCCCCGCUGCCUUCAUCAUUUUCAUGGCCCUGUGGUGGAUUUGCAUCCCCGUUGCGAACGAAUACUAUGCGCCCAAGGGCAACCUCUACGUUCCAUUCGGCGCGGUGGGCUUGCUCUUUGCCUUGACGGUCUGCAAGCUUAUUCUCUCGCACAUGUGCCGGAUGCCCUACCCGGCCUUCCACCGUCCGCUCCUCCUGCUCUUCUUGCCAUUGAUCAACCGUCAUCUCGGCGUCCGCUUCACCGGCGAGCCCUACUAUGAGGAAGGCGUUGCUGGCGUUGUCACCCUCCUGCUCGCUCUUGCCGCCUUCGGCCACUAUGUUUACUUUGCCACCCACCAAAUAACGUCCGCGCUCCAAAUCAAUGUCUUGACUAUUCCCCACGACAAGCCCGGGUCAGCGACGACCGUAUAGUUGACCUUUCUGGUUUUUUUCUCUUGUAGCUUUCUUCUUUUCUUUUUUUUUUUUUUUUUUUUUUUUUGCUUGUUCCUAUAUUUGAUCGAUUCUUAAAAGCCCCCCCCCCGCCUCCUCCUCCUCCUCCUCCUCUUUGUCCCGUCCCUUUCUGUCGCUGUCCUGUUUCGUUUUUCUUGCCUUGUUUUGUUCUUGUUUGGUGUAGUUCCGCUCUGAACUGUGUUGAUUUUUGCUUUUUCUGUUGCCAAGCAUGAUUUUUGUUAUUUGUGUGUG